AUGCCAAUCCGGUUGCCUCUGCUCCCUGCUCCUCCUCCGCCCAGCUCCUCCACAUACGCCCUCCCCCGCACCACUAUCGAUCCUCUUCCUGUGCGGUAUGCCUCCUCCAUGCUGCUCCGGGGGGAAAAGGGAGGGAAGCGGGAAAUCAAUACAGAGGUGCCCAGUUCCUCCACAUACGCCCUCCCGCGCACCACUAUGGAUGGACCCCCUCCCCGUGUGUCAUGUCCCACCCCUCCCUCUCCGAGUCAUGUCCCACCCCUCCCUCUCCGAGUCAUGUCCCACCCCUCCCUCUCCGAGUCAUGUCCCACCCCUCCCUCUCCGAGUCAUGUCCCACCCCUCCCUCUCCGAGUCAUGUCCCACCCCUCCCUCUCCGAGUCAUGUCCCACCCCUCCCUCUCCGAGUCAUGUCCCACCCCUCCCUCUCCGAGUCAUGUCCCACCCCUCCCUCUCCGAGUCAUGUCCCACCCCUCCCUCUCCGAGUCAUGUCCCACCCCUCCCUCUCCGAGUCAUGUCCCACCCCUCCCUCUCCGAGUCAUGUCCCACCCCUCCCUCUCCGAGUCAUGUCCCACCCCUCCCUCUCCGAGUCAUGUCCCACCCCUCCCUCUCCGAGUCAUGUCCCACCCCUCCCUCUCCGAGUCAUGUCCCACCCCUCCCUCUCCGAGUCAUGUCCCACCCCUCCCUCUCCGAGUCAUGUCCCACCCCUCCCUCUCCGAGUCAUGUCCCACCCCUCCCUCUCCGAGUCAUGUCCCACCCCUCCCUCUCCGAGUCAUGUCCCACCCCUCCCUCUCCGAGUCAUGUCCCACCCCUCCCUCUCCGAGUCAUGUCCCACCCCUCCCUCUCCGAGUCAUGUCCCACCCCUCCCUCUCCGAGUCAUGUCCCACCCCUCCCUCUCCGAGUCAUGUCCCACCCCUCCCUCUCCGAGUCAUGUCCCACCCCUCCCUCUCCGAGUCAUGUCCCACCCCUCCCUCUCCGAGUCAUGUCCCACCCCUCCCUCUCCGAGUCAUGUCCCGCCCCUCCCUCUCCGAGUCAUGUCCCACCCCUCCCUCUCCGAGUCAUGUCCCACCCCUCCCUCUCCGAGUCAUGUCCCACCCCUCCCUCUCCGAGUCAUGUCCCACCCCUCCCUCUCCUGCAUACGUACCCUGACGUGCCCAGAAUGACUCCCCCAGUGGGGAAGUCCGGGCCUUGA